AUGUUAGUUAGUAGGCUGAUCUUUGCUUGUUUUCUUCCUCUUAUUUUAUUUAAUUCUUCAGUUCAUGGCUUUAUCGAGGGCCUCUAUUGUGGAACAGAAAACUGCUACGAUGGUAAGAAAGUUUUUGUUUAUUUUUGUCAACUUGAAACUCUUGAUCUUACGAGUUAAGAUUGUGAAUUUUCCGGAAUUUUAAAACGGGACUCUCCAGUUCAAUUGGCUGUGUUACAAAACUAUUAAGUGAAAUUUAAUUCUUCCUAAACUGAUUCGAUUUUUUUUUUCUGAUUGUUAGUUCUUGGUGUCUACAGACAGUCAUCGAAAGUAAGUUUCACCAAAUGUUGUUACGUUAUAAUCAGCUGUUAACCGCGAUUUCCAUCUUGACCAUGAUUUCGUGGUUACUACUUUGAUGAUUUAGAAUGUUACAUAAAACGAUUUUGUGAUUUGUUUCCCAUUACUAUGCAAAUACAGUGAUAAUACAGUGGUGUUAAAAUACCCUUACAAGUAAAUAUUUAAGGCCUUCUUAAAGAAAAAUAUCUCUUUGAUGCGCAAAAUGUCUAAUUUUAGUCACAGCUGUGUAGAUUUAGCCCUGUUGAUAUCAGCUUGCCCUUGUGUGUUUUCCACAAAUACAUUUUCUUUUUGCGUCAGCCUUUUGAGAUGUCUUAAUUAAUGCAUUAACACGUAAAUGCCAGUGUUAAUGCAUUAAAAGACAGAUAGCACCUAUAUCUAGAUUCUAGGGUCUUUCUUGCCAAAAAAGCAAAUUAUUAAUAAAUAAUACAAUCCUUAACUUUUUUUCUGAUAUCUGUUUUAGUAUAUAACAAACAGGUGUGUUGUUGUUAAAGUGUUUUACUCUUACCUGUUGUGAUAUAGUCUGCAGAUGUUGGCGGUACUAUUAAAAUAUCAUAGCUUAAUCAUACUACAAGAUUUUUUCUGACACGAGUUGCUCUAAUUUCUCUCUAGGGUGAAAUCGGUAAAGCGUACAGGAAACUUGCUCGGAAGUAUCAUCCUGAUCGAUAUAAGGUAUUAUAUUGAGCUUCCUUGGCUUCAAUUCUUGCAAGACAGACUACGUACCUUUUUCAUUAAUGAAAGUUUAAUGCAAAAAGAUUUGUUACAGCUGAUUUUUAGUGUAAAGAGGAGGGUCAUGAGACAUUCAGCAUAUUGGCUUUUAUUUUGGGUCAAACAAUUUCAGUCAAGAAGGUUAAUACCUAUAUUUACCUUAUUCUCUUGUUUCACAGUAAAAAAUUUCAAAAAUCAACUGUUGAGCUGUCCAUAUGUUGGGAAUGAAAGCUGAUCUAAUGCUCUAAGCUAGGGGAAAAAAGUUGUUUUUUGGACAAGUAAUGUUAUACCUCAAACAGCAAUCAAACUAAGUGGCUUUUGUAAAGGGUUGGUUGUUGGGGUUGAUAGAAGUGUACAAUGACACAAAUAAAAUUAUUUUAUUGUCUCUAUGGAGGUGUAAACAUAUAAGGAAAACUGUGUUCAGAACAAAAAUGUGGAACAUACAAAGUGAGGUAACUUGGGUAUACCUAUUGAUUUGAAGGUAUAAUAAAAUCAUGUUGAAGUGAUUUUUCAACCAGAGCUUAGUUGUUUGAAAGCUGAUUAGUGAUAACCUGGGGUUAAAUUGUUAUCCCGGUUUCCUUCUCUUGCAAAAGCAAGAAUUAAACUGUAUUUGCUUGUUAAGAUUAUUGCACCAACCCUGGGUUAUCUUAACUUAGCUUUGGACAACACCGGCUCUGGUACCAUUUUAAACUGAGAACAGAUUUUACUGGUCAAAAAUGUAUCUGGUUAUGAUUGAGGAUUAGUUUACUUUGGAUAUUUUGGCAGUUUCCACUGUGGAGUUGUAGCCCUUGUAGAGGUUAACAUAAAAGUGAAUAACUUGUGUAGAAAGUCCACCAACACAAAGCAAUUUUAUUAAUGGCCAUAGAGAGAUGGCUGUUGUUAAGGUUACAAAUUUGUUAUAGUGGAACCUCGUUUAUACGGUCACCAGUGGGCAAAAAAAUUUGGCCGUUUCAGCGGGUGACUGUAUUAACGAGGGUUUUUUUACAAGACAAUGAAUGCCAUUUUGCUGAGCUGCCAAAAAAAGUGGCCGUUAUAACGAGGUGACCAUAUUACUGAGGUGGCCAUAAGGCGCGGUUUCACUGUAUGAGUUUUAUGUUCAUUUACUUAGUAUACAAGUGAACAUUUUCUCAGAAUAGUGUUUUUAUACUGCAUUGAACUCAUUUUUAUUUUCAUAAGUUUCAUAAGAUCCAUACUCUUUUUUCUUCAAGUAUAAAGCAAUAUCUAUUUUUGUUGGUGGUGUGAUAAAAAAAGGAUCAGAUUUUUUUACUAUAUUUCAUCCUUGUUUGAUUUAUAGGGUGAAGACGCUGAAGCUAAAUUUCAACUUAUUGCAACAGCUUAUGAGGUAAAAAAUAUACAAAAUAAUGCAAUGUUCAAAAUUGAAUAAAUUUUUUUUAUCACUUUUAUUUAGUUUUUCCCUAAUAAGAUAAUAUCUUUAUGAUUUGAUAAUAUCUUUAAUGUUCAGGUGAUAUUUUACAGCCUCUAGAGUAAACAAUAGGAAGGUCCUUGAUGGUGAUAUUGACAUAUAUUUUAGGUCUUAAAAGAUGAUGAACAAAGAGCAGAUUAUGACUACAUGUUGGAUCACCCAGGUACCAUUCCAUAUACUUUGCAUGCAGAAAAAUUACAAAAAAAAAUAAUUGCAAUUAUUGUUUCAUAACAUGAAGGUCCGUGGAUCCAUGGGUCAUUUUCCAUUGAGUCCCACUGCUCUUAUUUUGGAUCUUCCAUGGAUCAAAUUAAUUUUGACUUCAGUAUGGCUGGCUGGAGCAUGACAUACAUUUUAAAAUAUGCCAGUGGGGCUUAGGCACAGUUCAAACAUCUGAAUUUCACAUGUGCCGAAACUUAUGCAAGACAUUGAUAGAGAACAAUCAGCGUGCAAAGAAAGUAGUAGCCCAGGACUAGUGGAUUUUGCUAUCGGGCUUGUGAAUUCUGUUUUUAACUUGCUGACGGGCAAGUGAUGUUUUUUGAGGAAUUUGAAUAACAGAAGAACUGUGAAACCAAUUCUGUUAGUCAAAAUGUUUUGGAGGCUGGUUGAACUGACGUCUGGGCAAGUAAAUGUUAGUUUCAGCUUGCCCGAAUGGCAAGCUUUAAAAAUGAUUUUCUUUGCACCCUGACAAGGGUGUUAGCAUUAAAUUCAGCAGAUUUGAAAAUGUUAUGUUUGGCCCGGGCCUUAGUCUUGUUUAUUCUUGUUCAGCGUUAUGACGAUGAGGAGGAGAAAGAUGAUAAUUAUGGCAUUUCCCACCUCCUUAACAAAAAAGUGACAGCCCUUAUGACCCUGAAAGUGCUGUUCACAGUGCUGGCAGCAUGGGUGAUCCAUGCUCCUUUGCAUAAAUUUGGGGAUUCAAGUAUGGUGGACUUGAAUGGUGUCCAAACCAAUAAUUGUGAAAUUGCGCACAUUUUAGGCAUCCUACUGAUGAAUAGAACAUACAACAUGCAGAUAUUUCAAGCAACAACAAUUUGCUGUCUGUCCCGUUUGAAUUGCAUUCACCUGAAACAUGUUGUGUUUUAAUUUCAACAGAGGAGACAUAUGGGCACUAUUAUCGUUACUACAGAAGACGAGUUACUCCAAGAGUGGAUGUACGAGUCGUCAUAGCAGUGUCUAUAACAGUUGUAUCUUUGCUGCAGGUACAGUACAGUAAUGUACAGUAAUAAUGAUAAUAAUGGGUGAUGGGUAGUUGCUUAUUAAGUAAAUAAUAAAGUAUAAUAUUCACUCAUUCAUUAAUAAUACAAACACAACUUUAUCAUAAUGAACAGGUGACACCAGGGCAAUAGUCAGGUGAAAAUUGUUACAAUUUGUAAGGCAAUAUCCCAGAAAAAAUUGCCACAUACAUCUUUCGUGGGUAUUUACACCUGUAUAUUCUUAUGAAGACCCACCAUAGAAACUUCAGAAUUUUUGCCAAGAGACAACUGACCUAUAUUGACUACACUAAACACAAAACCAGUACCAGCAAUAAUGUAUUCUCCAUGGUUGGUAAAGUAAUCCCAAGACUUAGAUUUAUAAGACAAUCUGAAUAUUGUCAGUUUCAAGAGUGUUUAGAUGAUUUUUCCUUUUUCAGUAUCUUCAUGGCUGGUCUCGUUACAAUGAAGCUGUAAAGUAUGCCUUAACAAUGCCAAAAUAUCGAAACAAGGCUAUGCAGAGAGCAAGAGAAGAAGGCCUUUUAAAUAACUUGAAAAAGGGAAAGAAAUCUAAGGUACUACUGUUUCUCUCAAAUUGUUUGGUUGUAAGUUUAAGAUAGAUGUCCACUUUUGCUGCAGAAAAGAUAAUCACUGAAGAAAAUAGGGAUGUCUACCUGACUAUAUACUAGCUAUAGUUCCAAUGCUUAGGAAGUGUGGGCAAAAAUUGUAUUUACAUUUGAGAUACAUCAAUUGAUGUUGAGGACCGCCUUGAUAUUAAUAAAUUAAUUACAGAAUGGUAUAUGCAUUUGUGAAUAAGAUAGGACUUUUAGUUUGAGUAUCAACUGAGGAACCGAAUCAUGUAAGUGGAAAUUUGAUAGAACCACACAGUAAACAAGACUAAUAUUGAAUUCAACUACAUGUAUUUUAUUCAAAAGGACACUUGCUCAGAUAAGCUCAUGACAACAUGACAGCUUACACUUAUAACAGCUUCCAGAUGACAAGCAAUGCACUACCCUCUGUAAGCUGAUAAACGUGCUUUGCACCACUAUAGUGACAAAAUAUGAGAGAAGUGGAGAACAAGUCUUUAAAUUGUGGAUUAUAAACUGAAAUGAAGUGUCCGCUAACCUCAUUGAAAACUCCUCUUUCGUGAAAUUUCUCCUUGUUAUACAUCUUUGCUAACGUCUCAGCAUGUAACAAGAAAAUGCAGCAUCGGCAUCAUGGAAAACGCUGAAGGUACAUACAGUGUAUGUAUUCAUGUACUUCUAUUCACAUGAGCACUGACCUUGAACUCAACACCAAGGCCUUGGUGGCCAUUUGCGGCCACUUACCAUUAGUUGGAAGAACAAAGCAUCCCAAGACUGUGGACAGAUUUUUCAAAAACCCCGCUAUACAGCUUAAGAAAGUGCCACUGACCACCCCACUAAGUCUUACGACUUACUUCUGUCUUACUCUUUUGUCUAUGUUUACAGGAAGAAAUAAAGGAAGAAGAGGAAUCCAUACUCAGAGAAGUUGUUGAAAACUCUCUGGACAUCAGGUGAGUUUGAUGAUUUUGACCCCACACCUUCCUCCCCGCGAUGAACCUUGUUGUGGUGAGAUGUACAUGUAUUGCAAAGCUCAAUGACCUUAGUAGACUUUGCAGGGCUUAAAAUAAUGUGUAAUGGCUGGUCAACAGACAAUGUCCGGUCAAAAUAGGCUUUGUCCAUCAAGUCCUUGGAUAAAGGACAUUUUGUCUGGUCACUUACUCUUCUAAUGGAAAUGCAGUGAUUUUGUUACCUCUGCGUUCUGUGUCCCUGAUGCAUAAAAAUCCCCAAAGACACAAAAUAAUUUUUGGUAUGCUUCCCGUAGGACGCAAAGAUCGACUGAUCGAUCUGGAGAUGUUUUGACCCCACACAAUAAUUUUGUGUUCCUACCAAAUGGACUUCAAAGUCUGUUUGCCAGACAUCCUAAAAUGACCUGUCCCCUCCCAAAAAUCAGCCCAGUUGAAGAAGAGAUAAGACACGUAAAGCCUUCUGGGAGUUCCGUUCACCAUUUCGUCUUUUUUUAUCUAGAUGGAAGGUAAUUCUUGAUUGGGUGUUGCCCUCACGGGACAGCCCAAUAACUAGAUGCAAUAUAUGACUGAAAGGUCCCGCAUAAACAUAAAAGUUGAAUUUAUCUUAGUCAACUUUCAUGUUUACACACAGCACUUCAUACAUUGCCUCUAUUAAGCAUGUAAAAAUAACAUGGUGGAAGUCUACCUAAGUCCUGCUAAUAAUAAUAUUAUUACUAGCCACAGAAAGCUGUUUGCCAUGUUUACAUUUGAGAUUGUGUUUUAUUGUCUUGAAAGUCUUAAACUAAAAGUAAGUGAACAAAACAAAAUGGAUUGGUUUGGAAUAAAGGCCCAUCAGUACUGCUGUUUAGGUUUUGGCUUAAAAAUUUGACAUGAAGAGAAAGCAACUUUUGAGGAGUCAAUCCAAGGCACCUGGCUGCAUUUUAUAGGGAACUUAAUUUAUGUAAUUACAUGUAUGGUGUAACUAUAUGUCUUGUUUCUCUUUGAUAGUCCCUCAGACCUAAUAUUUUAUUGUUUUCUUAGGGGAGGUUACAGUAAACCAAAAAUAACAGAUGUCCUUUGGCUGAGGAUUGUAUUUCUGUGAGUUGUCAAUAAUUUUACCUACAAUAUUAGCCUUCAAAUACAGCCAUCCCUCUUCGCAAUGAGGAUCGAUGAUUACAAUGUAGAGGCUGUAUUUUUGAGCCAAUUAAAAGCUUUUAAUUGUUUGUUUGUUUGUUUUUGUUGUUGUUGUUGCUUUUUUCUUAAUAAUUUUCUGUGACAAUAGAAUCCUUAUCUCUCGGCAACCGCUCGCUCAAAAUUGCUAACUCAAUCUUUUUUUCUAUAUUUUAGUCCCUAUACGAUUUUAUGCUACAUUGCAUGGCUGUUGCGCUGGCACUGGAAAUUUACCAUAUGUGGGGAGGAGUAUGGUGAUGAAGAGAAACAAUACAUUAUAAGGAAAAAAUUGGGUUUGAGUUCCAUACACUGGGAUGCUUUAGAUCCUGCGGAGAAAAAAGCAUUCUUCUCACGCCAGUUGUGGAUUGAUUCUAACUUCCAAGUAAGUUAAAUCUCCUGGAGAAAAGAAAUCUCCUUAAGAAUGAAAGCUGGUGAAGGUUAAGUUCAGAAAUGGAUGUGAGAGAUGUCGUCGUGGGCGCGGGACAGUGCAAAAAAUCCUGAAUGCCAGACAGGAUUUAAACUUAUGACCUAUGACUGAUUCAAACCUAUGACUUAUACUAGUAAAUAACCAAAGGUUAGAGAGUGCGGGCGAGUUUAUUGCUUCUAAUCGGAGGUCAAAACGCUCUUGCUCCAACGCUGGUUCUUUGCGUAACUUUCACGUGAUAGAAGGUUAAAACGAGUGAUAGAAGGUACUUAAGGUUCGAACACGCGUGAUCAGAGUGGGUUCUUUGCAUUCCAUUCACUCUUAGAGGAACUCCAAACGAAUGGUGCUUACAUACAUGCGACGCAUGCGUGAUAACAACCUGUUGGUUCAGAUUAGGACUGUGGGCUCCCCUUGUUGCCUGCAAUAAAUGUUUAAUUGUCAUAGAAACUGAUCACAAAGAGAGUAACUGUUACGUGGAAAAGCUGUUCUGUGGACAAAAUUUAGUUGUAGGCCGGACAGAGUUCACAAACUGAAGUUAACGUCGUUGGAUCUUUUGCAGUCUGCAAUGCUAGAGUAGCAAAACAAACCCCAUUUUGUCCAUCACAUUGUGUGUUCCAUGCACGUAAAAUCCGUCAUUCUUUUUUCACAUAUUCCAAAAUAAAAAAUUCGACAGCGCUGCUUUCACUGGAGAAUAAAAUUUGCUAUUGUUGCAGUGUUGCGUGGAGAAAACGGCAGUAAGUUUCAUCCUUAAUAGAAGGCGUAGCGGAACAGAGACGUUUUCUGCUUGUUGACGUACUUUUGAUCGCCCUCUUGAUUUUCUCCGUAGGAGUACAAAACUGAACAAGAAGAAGAAAUGAGAAUUAAAAUGGCUCAAAGUAACAAGUUCAAAGCCUACAGGUAAUAAACGGCUUAAACACAAUACAAGUACUAUAGAAACUAGUUUGGGUUACCUAGUGUGUUUUGUUGUGGUCGGGGUUUUGGUAAUCCCUAUUUGAAUCGUGCCCUUUAAUGGGGCUGUCACGUAGCCUGCGUAGCAUGGCGUUUUUGUCGGGAGCACGACUGAGCGGCGAAGCCGCGAGAAAAGUUGCUCCUGCCCCAAUCUCCUCGCGGUUUCUCUGCCCUCGCUCGCCUUUAUUAUUUAGCGCGCCCAACCAAAAUCGCCAUGCUACGCAGGCUAGCUGUCACGAGGAUAUCCGGCGCUGUUUUAAGUCAAUUCUGUGUUGAACUCAUUACUUAGUACCCUUAGUCUUACGAAAAAUGCCCUGUAGAGUUUUAAAGAAGAUAUCAAACAAACUUCAUCAGAGGUACUAAACGUAAUAAUUUUCUGGUGAUAGUUGCUGGCGUAGCAUAAAAAAACUGCAGUUUUCUUUUUGGAUUUCAGUUGACGUGAAGUCAGGUGUUAGUUUUUUAAAAAAGAUAGAAAAUUGCGUGACGGUCUUAGCCCCUGUUAAACGUUCAUUGCAACCUUUUGCGCAUCGUGCGCGUGAAACGCAAAAACGCGCGCCGUUCGUGUUUUCGCGUGCCCUAUUUCGCCUUUACUCCCUUGCUGAAAACUGUCACAUAGAUUAAUACCAUCCCUGGUUGCCGUACAACUUUCAUUUCUUGGUUAAAUGGUACUGACUGUUAUUUUUUCAGACGAUACAUGAAGAAGGGAGGUCCAGGCCAGAUGACCUUCAUUGAAGAUGACUAAUAAUUUCACAUCUGUCAGAAAAACAACAACAGCAAUAGAGAUAGAAAGAUAGCUAGCAUUACGGUUACGGCAAAAGACGGAGAUGUCCAUAGGAUUGCUAAUACACUAGCUUGUGUACAGACCCCCCUAACCUUCCCCUCAGGAAAAUCGGAAAAGGGGUGUCUGUGAUUCACCGUCGCUAAUCGUGUAUUGCAAUAAUUCUGCAUAAAUAAAAACAAUAGUUUUCGGCGACCAAAAUUUCCGUGGCUCAUGCUUCAUGUCAUUCCAGUUCUUUAAAUGUCGGUGCAUGCGACAUUUCUAUCGAACAAU